CGCCGGCAGCGGCGGCCCCGGGCCCGGCUCGGAGCGCGGCGAGCGCCGGCACAGUUCCGAGAGCCCUGCGCUGGGAGCCAGGAGUGGGAGCAGAGCUGCUGCAAGUGCCCUGAGUCACUGACAGAAUUAAUAUAGCCAAGAACCUGCACAUAAUCCAGUAAAAUAAGAGUUUACUGCUAGAAAUGAAUGAUCAACGGGAAAAAGAAAGAUGUCAAGUUAAGAGGCUUCAACUCCUGUAACACCUAAACUGAAGCUGGCAGCACGUUUCCCUCUGAAACCUGUGUCCCCCCUGCAGAUGAGAGCCCUGCUGCCCGCAGCAGCCUGCUGCAAGCGGUAGCCGAGGCAGAGUGGCUGCCAGGGAGUGUUGGAAGAGCUUCUCCCUGCGCCUGCUUGGCUUCCCAGCGCAGCUCCCAUGGCCUGUGACGAGCCCGCUGCUCCCUCGGGCACCUUCACACGGCAGAACUCCUCCAGCACCGGCUCCCUGGACUUCGAGCCCAACGCCGACUACAAGUUCGUGGAGAGCCUGGAGGAGCGCUACAAGUGCGCCCACUGCCACCUGGUGCUGCACAACCCCCACCAGACGGGCUGCGGGCACCGCUUCUGCCAGCACUGCAUCCUCGCUCUGAGAGAGUUAAAUGCAGUACCCACCUGUCCUGUCGACAAAGAAACAAUAAAAAUGCAUGAGGUAUUCAAAGACAACUGCUGUAAAAGAGAAGUUCUCAACUUGCAUGUGUUCUGCAAAAACUUUCCUGACUGCAAUUCAAAAGUAAUUCUGGGGCGAUAUCAGGAGCAUCUGCAGCAGUGUUUGUUUGAAAGCAUGCAGUGCACUAAUGAUGGAUGUCAGGAUCGAAUUCUCCGCAAAGACCUGAAGGAGCACUUGAGCCAGCACUGUAAAUUCCGGGAAGAGAGGUGCCAGUACUGUAAUACACAUGUGGUGUUAAUUAACAUAAAGAAUCAUGAGAAAAAUGACUGCCCUGAUUAUCCUGUGCCUUGUCUCCAAAACUGUUCACAAAUAAUUCUGAAAAAAGAGAUUGAAAAGCACCACGCUGUGUGUCCCGAGGCAGAAGUGGACUGUCCAUACAAGCAGUACGGCUGUCAUGUAAAGGUUAAAAGAGGGAAACUUGCUGAACAUGAAAACAGUGCCCUGAGGGAACACAUGCUGCAGAUUUUAGACAAGAACUCCCGGCUGGAAGAGCAGAUAUCUGACCUGUAUAAGAGCCUGGAAUGUAAAGAGAUUAAAAUCCAGCAGCUAGCAGAUGCCAUUAAGAAGUGUGAGAAAGAAUUCAGACAGUAUACACAACUGUUUGGUAACAAUAGCAACUUGAUGGUAAGCACUCAGGCUCUGGCCAGUCACCUGGACAAGUCUGCACGCCUGGAAUCACAAGUGAAGCAGCUAAUACAGAUGGCAAACCAGCAGCAGAGUAAACUAGACCUGCGGCCCCUGUUUGACACCAUUGAAACCGUGAAACAGAAGAUUGCCCUGAUGGAGACGUACGACCAGCGCUUGGUUGUUUUGGAAGAUCAAUCCAGCAAACAUGAUCGCCAGAUCAAUAAUCACAAAGCACAGCUCAAUAAAAACGAAGAACGAUUUAAGCUUUUGGAAGGCACGUGCUACAAUGGGAAAUUAAUCUGGAAAAUCACGGACUACAAGAAGAAGAAAAGAGAGGCAGUGGAGGGCCGUGUGCCGUCCAUAGCCAGCCAGCCCUUCUACACCAGCCGCUGCGGGUACAGGCUGUGUGCCAGAGCCUACCUGAACGGGGACGGCUCAGGAAAGGGAACCCACAUCUCCCUCUACUUCGUGGUCAUGAGGGGCGAGUUUGACUCGCUGCUGCUGUGGCCAUUCAAGCAGAAGGUUACACUUAUGCUUUUGGACCAAAGUGGGAAAAAAAAUCACAUUGUGGAAGUCUUUAGAGCUGAUCCCAACAGCAGCAGUUUCAAAAGGCCAGAUGGAGAAAUGAAUAUCGCCUCUGGCUGUCCGCGCUUUGUGCCGCACACCGUCCUGGAGAGCACAAAGAACACCUACAUCAGAGAUGACACUCUCUUCUUGAAAGUGGUCGUGGAUCUAACUGACCUGGAGGAACUGUGAAAAGCCCAGUCAACGUGACUGCUGCUUUUGUGGUGAGCACCAGCCAUGCAAUAGCAAAUUGCCACCAGUCAAGCUACUGAGAAUGUUUCAUGGCUUUGGACUACAGGACAGAUAAAGAAUUGCCAAAGCAUCAGCCUUUCCUUUUCUACCCUUUUUUCCAAGACUGCAUUUUUAAGGCUAGAAGUCCAGGUUGGCGCAAAGAUACAUUCAAUCCAGAUUGGUUCAGUCUAGGCUGGGAGGAAUGCUUGGCUCCCAUCCCCAGACUGCCAUUUGGAGAUGAACCUCCUCCAGUAAAUUCCCAGGAGCCCAGGCAGGCCUGUGGGCUCCUCUCCCUCACACAGAAGUGAAGCCAUGCCCAAACAUGCAAGUGCAUUUCAUCUGUCUGCAAUGGAAACAUUUCAACAUUAGCAAAUUUGAAUCAAUGUGUCUUGAUCCCUCCAUCUCCUGGAUUUUUGAAGCAGGGAGAAUGGCUUCAGUCAGGCAGGGUAAACAUUGGCCAAGUAUCUUGUAUCUUUUUUUAUUUGUUUUAAUCGUGUUUUUCCAGAAAGCCCGGAGGAAGGAGCCAAUGCCUCUUACUUGUUUAGCCUGUUUUUUCAGCUGUACAGAGUACCCCAGGUCACAACAGCUCUCUUGUGUCCUUUCCACUCCUGCCUAGUGCCUUGGGACUGGUUUCCAUUGGUGGUAAACAUCCACAGUCCCCAUCUGAAGCCAAAAGCUGCAGGUGCUUCUCACCUCUCAGGACAUGGCCAGAGGCAGGGCACUCAGCCAGCCUGCCAGCUCCUGGCUGCACUGCUGGAGGAGGGCCAAAACUCCUGUUCUUUUGCUUCCACAUCUGUGCAAAAGAGAUGUUUUCUGGCCUUACCAGCUCUACAAAAGGCAGGAAGAGCUUGGGGAAUAGCUCACUUAUGUAACAUGCACUUUUCCUCUCUCCUAGAAGUUUGGGCAAAGGGGGAAAAUAGAUUAGGGAGUGAGGUUGCUGUAAGAAGCCAAUUUUGACAAUCAGUGCAGCUUUAGUGUUUGUUAAAGGAUGACACAGCUGCUGACCGUGAUGUCUGAAGAUCUUAAUUUUUAUUCCAAGUUCCUUCCAUAUUGCAAAGGAAUGUGUGCAUUGUACAGGGUUUAUUGGAGACACACGAAAGCCACCAAGGUCAGGCACUGAGGAACACAUGACACAGAACACAUGUGCCUUUUUAAAGCCCUUUGGGUGCCUGUAAGAGGGAUGUAAUUCUGCAUGCUCAGUGAUUUUGUUAUUACAAGUGGCAGAAUUUUGCAUCUCUCAUCUCUUGCAGGUCAGGCAGGGAAACACCUCAGCAUUAUCCAUUGCUCCAAAGCUUAUCAAGAGACAGCAAGAAACUAAUCUGGUUUUGAAGUAAGAGUAAACUAGGCAGGAUAAAAAUCAAAACAGGGCACGGACUGAAAGGCAUAAGAUAGAAAAUUCAAGAGGGCAAAUGUGGUAAAAUGAAAAAUACCCUUCCCAUGAGGGAUGUUGAUAAGAAUCUAAAUAAUUCAAGGAUUGAUACCAAGAUGAAGGCAAAGUACUUUAUUUUGUAUCUGCACUCUUAUUGCUAGACAUUCACUUUCCCACAUGGUUUUCAGGGCAUAAUUCAGACGCAUGUAUUUUCUAACUCAGGGGUGGAGGGGAAGAGACCUUAGUAAUCUGUACCUCCUGGUGGAUUAGCACAUGGGAAAUCUUUGUUUUGAUCUAGAAGUCCUUUUGUUUUAUAAUGUCAAGAUGUACUGAGCCACCAUAGGGGCUUUCCAUGUUCCCGGGGACAGACUGUGAGGAACAAAUUUAUUCUUGUGUACCUCCACCAUUGACCUCAGGAGUCAUUUCAGCUGUAAAACAGAAUGAAUUAGGCAUAACACUUGGUUACAGAAAGAGCAGGCUUGUUUUGACAGUGGUGUGCCAUUCUGUGACAUCAACCCUGAGCCUGGAUUUCAUGUCACUCAUUACUUUAAUUUUUGUCAUGUAACCUUCAAAGUGACACAACUUCCAUAAUAACCACUAACAACUGAUGGGAAUGUACCAUCCCUGUGUCCUGGGGCUCUCCAGGACACUGUGUGUUCAAUACAGAAAGUGAUAAAGGACAAGCAAGAGAGGCAAGAUGGAAAGGAUGUGUGUGGUCUGUAUCCUGGCAAAUUCCCAGCCCUCUCUGCCUCCACCACCCCAAAUGUAAAAUGGAAUAAUACUUGCAGAAGCACUAGGGCUAUUUAAAUGUUUGUGAAGAAGUUUGAGCAUGAAAAGAGCUAAGUAUUAUUACAACUCCAUUUCUAAUUGUUAGAAUAGGUGAUGGCAUAGUGAUGUGGAUAAGUGUUUAGUGUUUUCCUAGAUAGAUUUUGGAAGCAUGUUUGGUUUUAUGCAGUUCCUGCUGCAGUCUCUCCUCUACCUACUGGUUGGGUUUAGGUUCUCGCCAUGAAUAUUCUUUUUAAAAUUCUGAAGCACAAAUUCAUUCUGGGUGAUGGAAACAUCCCUUUUGAAAUACUGCCUAUUUUAUAAAGAAUUAGUUGAGAAGAUUAAUUUUUUUAAAGACAACCUUCUUUAAAUUUGUUCUUUUUAGUACAGAAAUUAGGAGAUUUAUGUUAAAAAUUUCAGUGAUUUUUUUACUGCUUGUAAACAGGGUUUUAAAUUUCAUCCCAUUCCUAAUAAAGAAAAAAUGUUGUAUAGCAUGAACUGUCAGGAAGAAUUUUGAUGUUGCAUGAAGAAUACCAAAAAACUUUUCAAUAAUAUUGUACCGGGUAAGUAACCAAAAGAGCAUAGGGUAUUUCUACAUCAGCAUACCAUAUGUUUCUAAUGUAUUUAUUGAUAGUUUGUAGUUGUUUGAAUAUCUCUUACUACAAUAGAGGCAUUUUUCUAGCCGAAUGUCUUUACUGUGUACAUAAACUAAUGUAAGAAUAAAUAAUUUUAUCAUCCUUCUAGAGGGACUGUUUUUGGCUGGACUGAAGGAGACUUUUAAAGAUGUGGAGUA